AGUGAGCGUCUCGCGGGCCACAGGAGGAAGAUGGCAGUGGAGUCGCGCGUCACCCAGAAGGAAAUUAAGAAGGAGCCAGAGAAGCCAAUCGACCGGGACAAGACGUGCCCUCCGCUGCUGCGCGUCUUCGCCGUCAACAACGGGCGCCACCACCGACUGGAUGAGUUCUCUCGCGGGAACGUGCCUUCUAUCGAGCUGCAGAUCUACACCUGGAUGGAUGUUACCUUGAAAGAAUUGACUAGUUUAGUAAAAAAAGUCUACCCAGAAGCUAGGAAGAAGGGCACGGACUUCAAUUUUGCGGUUGUUUUUACGGACAUUAAAAGACCUGGCUAUCCAGUAAAGGAGAUUGGCAGCACCAUGUCCGGGAGAAAGCGGACUGAUGAUUCCAUGACCCCGCAGUCGCAGAAGUUUCAGACAGGAGAUUAUCCGGAUCUGGCAAUCAUCCCUCUGGAUCGGGCACCACCUCCUUCAGGGCGUGUGAGACCGUAUUAA